CUGGGCUGUUUGGGUUACCGGGGGAGGCUCCUCAGAGACCCCUCGAGGUCAGGGGAGGAGGAGCCCGAGUUAAGGGCUCCCGGGGCCAUCAUGAUGGCUGCCGCCCUCCCUGCCCUCAGCCUCCUGCUGCUAGUGAUGGGCAGAGCUGAGGGGAACGGAAUCCAGGGCUUCUUCUACCCGUGGAGCUGCGAAGGGGACGUCUGGGACAGGGAAGCAUGUGGGGGACAGGCGGCUGUCGAGAACCCCAACCUCUGCCUUCGGCUGCGCUGCUGUUACCAGGAAGGGAUCUGCUACCACCAGAGGCCUGACGAGAACCUGCGAAAGAAACACCUCUGGACCUUGAGCCUAACCUGUGCUGGGCUGGUCACGCUCAUCUUUCUCAUCUGCUUCUUCUGGUGGGCCAAACGCCGGGGCCUGUUCAAGCAUCUGAAGAUGCCGGGCCAUCUCAACAGAAUAAAGAAACCCAAACUGUCCAGAAAAUUCUCCAGAAUGUCCCCCAAGUCUCCUCUCCUAGAAGCAGAGGGAGGUGACCCCCAGCAGUCUGCUGCUGAUGGCCCAGAGGGCACGGAAGGCUCUAAGGUGGAACGGGAAGAGGAGGGAGGACGGGAUGAGGAUGAUGGAGAAUAGGGGGCACCGGGCCACUUGAAAAAAAUAGAGCUUUGCUCACA